UCCUCUACACAACUCUGCUCUCUCUCUCUCGUCUAAGUCCUAGCUUCUAUCUCUGCUCUCUCUCUCUCUCGUCGAAGCCCUAUCUUUCUCUCUUGCUCUCUCUUUUUAGACGAAGAAGAUGCGGACAAGAUGAUGUUGUAGAUUCGAUAUAGUCUCCCUAUUCGAGUUAUCUCUUUGGUACGCCUCUCUAUUCAAGUUCUCUUUCUGGUUUGGACACGACAAACAACCAUUUGGAGCCAUAAUUUCUUCGAAUUUCAAACGGCUAUAUACCUCAAUUUGGAGCAAAAAAUCAAGGUUCUCUAUCUCUUUCUAUAUAUGUAUCUAUUAGUUUUGAUUUUUUUAUUAAGAGUAGUUUUAUUUAAUUUUUUUUUUUUGGGGUCUUUCUGUAGUUUUUUUUUAUGCAAAUUCAUAUUUUAGGGUUUCAUAAUUGCAAGUGAAAUUGCAGAUUUGGAAAAACUUAGGAACAAAAUAGCCAAGCGAGUUGAGAAGCUUUCCAUUAAGGGUUCUGUCCCAACACCAUCUCCUUCUGGGAACUCCAUUGGAGCUAUCGAUCUGAAUGUUCCUAUCCUAAUUUAUUUACACAAUAUAUGUUCAUUUCAAUUUCUUAUUUAAAAAAGAAAAAAAAGAGCCUUGUGUUGUCUCAUGUACGAGAGAAAUGUCUCGCAUUCUUAGGAAAGCUAGUGAUACAGUGACCCUGUUUUUCAUUGUCAAACAUUGGAUGAAUUCAAGUUCGACUGUUGGUCGUAGUACCAAAAUUCACCAACCAAUGUUUCGAUCUUCAUUGGCUUACCCAACUCGAAUCCGAUCAGUCCAUUCUUCUUCGUUUUCUUCAACUAGGUCACAUCUAGAUUCUGAUAAUCUCAACAUACUCAACCACAAAGACUGGUUGUCUCCAAAUGAGGUUUUGAAGAUCUUCCAAACCCUAAAAGACCCCAACUCAGUGAUCACUGUAUUGAACCAACUCUCAAAGCGCAAGGACUAUAAACCCAACGAAGCUCUUUACUCUACACUGAUCAGCAAGCUUGCACUGGCCAAGAACUUUGAUGGCAUUGAGGAUGUCAUGAAAAGAAUCAAAACCGAAAAAAGUUGCAGACUUUCUGAUGAUUUUUUGUAUAAUGUGAUCAAAAUCUAUGGCAAUGUUGCAGGUCGUAUAAACAGAGCAACCGAGACCCUUUUCGAUAUGCCCAACUAUAACUAUUGGCCUAUGGUGAAAACUUUUAAUUUCAUGUUGAAUUUGCUUCUAAACUCGAAGCAAUUUGAUAUUAUUCAUGAAGUUUAUAUGGGUGCUUCUCAAUUGGGCGUCGAGAUUGAUGCUUGUUGUUUGAAUAUCAUCAUUAAAGGGUUGUGUGAAUGUGGGGAUCUAAAUACUGCAUUCUGCUUGCUCAAUGAAUUUCCUAAAUAGGGUUGUAGGCCAAAUGAGAGAACAUACUCAACGCUAAUGCAUGGGCUAUGUGGCCAUGGUCGGAUUGAAGAAGCAUUUGGGUUGUUUGAGAGGAUGGAGAGGGAGGGUAUAGAACCAGAUACAAUCACAUUUAACAAAUUGAUUUCGGGACUUAGGAAACAAGGGAGAGUGAAAGAGGGCAUUAAGCUUUUGGAUAAAAUGAGGCUUAAAAGGUGUAACCCAAAUCCAGGAACUUAUCAGGAGGUCUUGUAUGGUUUGCUUGGUACCAAGAAGUUCGUCAAGGCAAAGGAAUUCAUCGGUCGAAUGUUUUCUCAAAGUGUUAGUCCUAGUUUUGAGUCUUACAAGUUGAUGAUACAUGGGCUGUGUAAGCGAAAUCUACUGGAAGAUGUUGAUUGGGUACUGAAGCAACUGGUGUGGCAUGGUUUUGUACCCAAGAUGGGAAUGUGGAGGUAGAUUGUUCAGUGCGUGUUCUCAAAGAAGAGCAGUUGUAACAGUAUUUCUUAUGAAAAAUAUGUUGGGAACUGGCCUAUUUGAAACAUCUAAUCGUCGAACUAUGCUGUGGUCCAUGACAUAAUUGGGAAGCACAAUAUAUGGAAAAACAUUGAACUCACCCUUUGAUCAAUUUACAAAACCAGAAGACACACAGAAUUUGUUUGACUUAACUAUAUAUCAGAGGCAAUGAACAAGACACCAUCACAACUUUUACUUGAUUUGACUGAGCCGUUUCCAUCAAACUUGCAGAAGGAGUCCAGUGAUGCCCUAGUCUGGAGAAUGCUUGCAAAGAUGUGCCAAGUAUCUACAGGCUACAAAAUUUCUUUUGCUCUCCUCUAUAAACAUCGUCUAGCUUGCUUCAAUUUUGGCACAAUAUAUGCAUCAACCACAUCUAAAACUGAGGUGCCUGCAGGCUGUAUCACAUGGAAACAGAAUAAUUUGAUCUUUUACUCCCAAGAAGGGCUGCAAUCUGCACGAGGGCUAGUCAAAGAAUGCUUCUUCAAGUUAUGUCUUUGCUUUGAGGGAGUCUACAUAUUUCAUCUAAAGAAUCAGUAGGAGAGACUUCAAUACAACAUCCAUUUAAUCAAUUAGCUUGUUGGAUAUCAGAUGAACGAACUAUGCUUUUGUUAUGUUCAGGGCAGUACGGUUCUAGAUGAAUGGACAUGAGAGGGACUUAUAUAGAAAGGAGUUUGAGAGCUCUCUAUCUCAAGAAUGUGGCCAACACUCAUCUAUGUUACAAUUAUUUGAGCUUCACAAUGUUUUCAUUAA